AUGGAUUCUGAACUAAAAGAAAAUAGAUUCCCAACCAUUGCAUUUCUUCAUAACAAAAUCGUAAAGAACCUCUUAAUGCCACUUGGUGGGUGGCCAUGCGAAGUGUUUCAAGAGAAAACGCCUCUGAUCUCUCGUUUUUUUCGAAGGUUUAUUCCAAUACAAGGAAUGGUUAUGAUCUGUGGGGAAUUGAACUAUAUAAGAUAUAAUUACAGUCGAUUGAAUUUUUUCUUACUUGGACAUAUUUAUAUUACUAUGUUUCUAACGUUCGUGAUGCUGGUGAGGGCUGUUCUUCCUAAUCAGCAGUUAUAUAAAGACAUGGUAGAAUUUUUUUAUGGGAAAUUUGAUUUGGAACACUUUAAACAUAAAGGACCAUACUAUCAAAAGGCAAGCGAAAUGGUGUAUAAAAUAUCUUAUUAUUACGGCCUCGUAAUGACUGGAAUGAUGAUUUGUGGCAUGUUCCUUUACAACGCUCUACCGCUGUACCAUAAUUACAAUGCGGGUGUUCUCCAUAAAAGGAAUCGUGUUGAGAAUGCAACCCUUGAGUUUUCGGUCUAUUUCAUUUUCCCCGGAUUCAUGCCAGAAAACCACUUUUGGUCGGUGACCUUUGUGAAUCUGUACUUCACUUACAGUUGUAGUGUUGAAAUUUGUAUCAUCGACUUAUUCAUGGCAUUGUUCGUAUUCCAUAUGGUUGGGCACAUUAUGAUAUUGCUUAAUAAUAUCGAAAAUGUAGAAAUGCCUAAAACUCAUUAUAACAUCGAAGGAUUAAAAGCACAAACUAGUGUUACAGUAGCAUUGUACAACGAUGAAGAAAAUGAAAUAAUGAGAAGCAAAAUAAUUGAAUUCAUAAAUCAUCAUAGAUUCAUAGUAAGUUUCGCCGACGACGUCUCUUCUUUAUUUGGUCCUGUGUUGGCAAGCACUUACAUGUUUCAUCUAAUUAGUUGCUGCCUUUUGCUGCUGGAGUGCUCCCAAUUAGUAUGUUAA